GGUUACGCAUGUUAUCAUCUAAUGGCGGAGUGUGAUAUGUAACUACGGAUUAAGUAACCCUUGCUACAAACAUCAAGAAUUCGUCGGCCCGCGGUGAUUUCGAAUAAAUUAAAUCCGCCGAUAAAAACGGAAAAAGUCGGAUUCCGAAGGGAUUCAUUUUUGGCUUCUAUUGUGAUAAGUGACGAAAGUGGGUUGCUAAAUUCGCAAAGUGACGCUAGUGAUGGCUGGUUUCACUGACCCCGCGCGUUCUAUAAACAGGAUGUCUAUGUAACUUUCUAUCCAAGUGCCGAUUCCAAUAGACAGGUGACCAGCUUUUACUAAAUCAUCAGCAAAUAUCUACUUAUUCUCUGGACCUCUACCAUUUUGCCACAGGAGCACACUAGUGCUAAAGAAUGCUGAUCCCAAAGAAGAUGUCAAGUAACUGAGUUCAUCUUUCGGAGGCUGUUUAAACAAAGACUUCUCAGCUUAAAUGUUUUACAUCAGAAGAAAGUUUGGAGUUCGAUGCAAUUUUUCUGUAAUUCUGGAGUGCUUGUACAGCUGCAUAAGAUUCCCUGUUCAGGAGCAAAUUGUCUUGUUGCAACUAACCAGCUCUAAAAAUCAAAUCUUUUGCUGUGAUAUUGAUGACAAGAUGAAAGAUGGGCUAAUUCCAGGCCAAUGAAAAUACUCAAAAUGGCAAUUGUUCUUGAAAGUUUACUCAUAGAGACAUCAAGAUUGAACUGUUUUGUACUCUUUGAAUGCAAUGCCUGCCUUCAGUGACUAUGCAAUAUCAAGUGCUUUGCUUUGUAUUUCUAGCUUUAUUGUGCUGCACCCCAAGAACUAAUGACUCUUACUUGGAAGACUAUUGAUUAUAUUCAGAUGCCUUCAUGACUUGAAGGAACUUAUCAGACAAAAUGAUCAUCAGAUAAAAUUGAUCUCAUGCCUGAGUCAUGAUGAAUGGGGAAGGACCAAGUGUACCUAUCACAACUCUAGCGGGUAUACAAAGCUUGACAGACCUUCUUCUAGAAUUGCCUCUUCCUACACCAUUGCCUGGUGUCACUGGGCACCAGAGCUUAUUGUCUCAUUUAGUAGAUUCAGACGAAGCUAGAAGACUUUUGAAUACACAAGAGUCGAUUCUUAUCCCACCACUUAUUGAUGCUCUUGGUUGUGCUUCAACUGAUCAUAUUCAAGUCAAAGAUGGCUAUUUCGGUGGAGGAUCCCACAGUGGUCAGAUAUCACAACUUGUACAAUACUUGCUUGGCAGGAAUCCUGGCCUUUUCAAAGGUUCAGUACAUGGACCUCAAAGUGGAAGCAGUGAUCAUCAUGUCCCUUCUGGGCAGUGGUUGCAGAGGCAAUGCCCAAAUAUUCCAGUUCAUCCGCAGCAUCAUGCUUUUAGUGGAGCUGCUGUUUCACCUUGUCAACCACGUCCUACUCAAGGCGGCAGUCCGAACUAUUUUCCUCUCGAGCAUCCUCCGACACCACAAGGUACAAGAAUUGUGCAGAACAAGACACUUAAUGUAGUCCCACCCAAAUCGUCUGGGGCUUAUUCUCCAUAUGCACAUACAGUGGCAUCAUCUGGUCAACAUCCUGCCCCCACACUUCACCAUAAUGCGAUUCCUCAAACGACUGGUGAUGCCCUUGGCCCCAGUCUUCAGGAAAGCACUCAGAUAUUUAGUCCUCCACUUGUCAGUCAGCAUCUUGUUAAUGUACCUCAAUCUUCACCUGCAGUUCAUUCAUUUAGUAAUGGGAAUUGUGUGGAGGAUGUUGAUCUCACUGCCGUAAAUACAAAACAAAAUGACAGGACAGAAAACCACAUUUUAAAUUCUGCACAAGUGAUUGGUAAUGUUGCACCAAACUGUUCUCCCCUUAUAUCUCCAUUAAAUAAUCCUAAUGAUAUUUCAUUGUCAUCUCCAUCAUCAUCAUCAUCAUCAACUCCACAGCAUAUAAAUUCAUCCAGUGUUAUUGUUGGACCAGCUGCUUCCCAUGUUAAUUGUAUGAGAAAACCAGCUGUUGAGCAAUGGCAACCUGUACCUAAUUCAUUUGAUAUAUCUCAAGACACCUAUGCAAAAGUUAGUGUAAAUAAUAUAAUGCUGCCUACUGUAGAAUCAAAUGUUCAACCAGCAUUAAUGCCUACAUCUGAAGCAGGGAAAGUAAAUGAACCUAUACCUCAAGUUGAACAUAAGGAUAAAAAUGAAAAUGUUGUAGAGUUUGCUUUGGUUUCUGAAACUCUUCUAAAAUCGCCUACAGAGCCAGUUGUUUUAUUAUCAAAACUGAGUAUAGAAGAUCAGAUACUGGCCCAGAAAAGUGUGCGGCAAUUUACAAUAAAAACAAAGAAAAUUGUACCUUCUCAAGAAUUGGUUAAAGCACUGCCACAAAACAAACCUUCUGAAAUUAGUAGUCGUAGAUCAUCAUGCCAAGAGUCUGAUAUAAGCAAUAAAUCUUCACCACGUAGAAAAAGUAAAAACAAUGAACAUGUUCCUAGUCGAAAAAAUUCUGAUUGCAGUAAAGAGAAAGGAAGCAAAAGAAGUUUAAAUUCUUCUCCAGAAAAAAUUAAUAAUACCAGUUCACUGAGUGAGAGAGUCAAGAAAAGAAGACGUAUUAGCCAGCAAACUAAUUAUAUUGAAUCCCCUGGUUCAGAGGAGGAAAAAAGUGAUGAAUCUUUCAGAGAAGCUUCACCAGAAGUACAACCAGCUACACCAAAAGUUAAAAAAUUAAAAUCUAAAAAAGUUAAAAAAGAAGCUCUUGAGCCACUAUCAAUUGAAGAUCUAAUGGACACCAACACUUACCAGCAUUUUUCUCGUCUUGUUGAUGUUAUAUUUGAUGCUAUGGAAGAUAUUGAUUUUUCUGUUGUGAUUGAUGAAGAUGCAGAUUCAGCACCAGAAGCCUUGUUACCCCUUGCUCAGCUACAAGAUCUUUGUAAUGAAUCUGCUAAGCUCAAGAGGUUACAUGCAAUGAAUCAGUUUCCAACAGAGCGCUUAGUUCGGCUGCUUGCAAUUUUAGAGAGGAAUAUCAUUGAUGGAGCAAAGCUACUUCCUGUUCAAAUCAUGGAAGAACAAGAUGAAGAAGAAGCUCGCCUCUGGCUAGAAUUAACAAUGGAGAGAGUAAUGAGAAGUGCUGAUGCUUCUCUUACAGCUUUGUAUGUUAUGACUUCUUCAAAAAUGCCAGAGAAAAUAUUUUUGGAAGAUGUGAUUGAAAGAAUUGUUCUUUUUCUCAAAUAUCAACUACAAAAUACUGUGUUUCCAGUAUUUGACCCUGCAUAUAGACUUGAUCCAAAGUCAAAAGAUGGUUAUGCUGGAAAUAUUAAACAAAAGCGAGCUCAUGCCCAUAGAGUUAAAGAAAAAUCCACUUUACAGUUAUAUAACAAAUUACAUGAAGCUGUGAGUCUGCUUGCAGAGUUACUUGAGUUACAAACUUUAACUGAUACUAUAAUAUUACAAGUUUCCACCCUCGGUGUUAGUCCAUUUUUUGUUGAAGGAAUUAGUGAACUGCAACUAAAUGCACUUCGUCUUGUGACAACUGUUUUUGCUAGAUAUGACAAGCAUAGAGAAUUAAUUUUAGAAGAUAUUUUAGCAUCUAUAGCUCGUCUUCCUACCAGUAAAAGAAGUCUUCGAAAUUAUCGUUUAAAUUCAGAGGAAAAUAUACAGAUGCUUACCGCUUUAGUUCUGCAAUUAAUACAUAGUGUUGUGAAACUACCUGAACCAGAGCCCGAACUUAAAACAGAACUCCCGAAUGAAGAUCGCCCAAAAAAUCCUGAUACAAAAGAAAAAGUAUACAUUGAUAAAGAUGUAUUAAUUACUACUUCCUACCAAGCUUCAAUUAACACUGCAGUUAAUUUUUUGUCUGUUUUCUUAAAAAAAUGUGGUACAAAAAAUGAAGAAAUGGAUUACAGACCAUUAUUUGAAAAUUUUGUUCAAGAUCUUUUGAGCACAGUUAAUAAACCUGAAUGGCCUGCAUCUGAACUUUUGCUCUCUGUCUUAGGAAGAAUUCUUGUUAGAAAUUUCAGCAAUAAAUCAAUGGAGAUGACAUUGAGAGUAGCAUCGCUAGACUAUCUUGGUGUUGUAGCAGCCCGAUUGCGUAAAGAUGCUGUGACUAGUCAGGAUCGAAAAGACAUGAUUAAUGAUGUUAUUCAACGGAUAGUUUCUGAAAACGAUGAAUCAGACUUAAGCCCCUCUAAGAAUAAGAAAAAGAACAAAAAGAAAUCUGCAAAACGGGAUGAAACACAGAUUCUACAAAAAGCCCUUUUACAGUAUCUUGAUUCCAAUGCUGCGAGUGAUCCCUCAUUACAAUUCUCUCGAAAGUUCUACAUAGCACAAUGGUAUAGAGAUGCAGCUGCUGAAAUUAAGCGAACUGAUAAAUCCUUAAACUUUCCAAAAGAAGAAUCUGAAAAACCUGAAAAAUCGGAAAAGUCAGAAAAAUCACCUAGUAAAAAUAAACAGAAUAGAGCAAGAACAAGUAGAAGGAGGUCAUCUCAAGUUCAUUAUGAAGAGGAAGAAGAAGAGGAAGAGGAGGAGGAAGAAGAGAAAAAGGAAGAGUCUACCCUUGAAAAUGAUGAAGUUAGUGCUAGAAUACUUGCUCUAGCAGAAGAAAGGAAGCGUUUUUUAUUAACUGUUAUUAAGAGGCAAGAGCAGCCAAAAGUUAAUGUAAAAGAAGAAGAACAUAUAGACUAUAAAACAGCUGAAUUAAUAUCUCAAUAUUUAGCGUCAACAAGACAUUUUUCUAAAAGUUUUGACUUGUAUCUUUCACAGAUUCUUCGAGUAUUAGGAGAAACUGCUGUAGCUGUUAGGACAAAAGCAAUGAAAUGUUUAACCCUUGUUGUUGAAGCAGAUCCAAGCAUUUUAGCCCGCACAGAUAUGCAAAAAGGUGUGCAUGGAAGAUUACUUGACCAUUCAACAAGUGUUCGAGAAGCUGCAGUUGACUUACUGGGCAAAUUUAUUUUAAUCCGUCCUGAGCUCAUAAGUCAAUAUUACGAGAUGCUUACUGCUAGAAUAUUGGACACAGGUGUUAGUGUUCGAAAAAGAGUAAUUAAAAUACUAAAAGAUAUUUGUUUAGAGCAGCCAGAUUUCUCAAAAACACCCGAAAUAUGUGUGAAAAUAAUACGUCGCGUCAAUGAUGAAGAUGGCAUUAAAAAGCUUGUUGGGGAAGUCUUUCAGAGCAUGUGGUUUACACCUGUUUCUGAGAAAAAACCUGAAAGAAUUCUUCAAAAAGUCAAAAAUAUCACUCAUGUUGUUGAAGCUUGCAAAGAUACCGGACUGGAGUGGUUUGAACAGCUACUUACUAAUCUCUUAAAAAAUAAGGAAGAUGCUAAUUACAAAUCCGUAGUAAAAUCUUGUAAACAGAUUGUAGAUUGUUUAGUUGAAAAUCUCUUGCAGUUGGAGGAAUCAUCUCAGGAUGGUAGUGCUAGUACCCACCUUGGUGCUUGUUUAGCAACAUUACAUUUAUUUAGCAAAAUCUAUCCUCCUUUUGUUGUUCCACAUGCUACUACAAUUCAACCCUACCUUACUAUGAAAUGUAAUACUCAGUCCGAUUUCAUUAUUCUUAGAAAUGUUGCUCAAACUUUGGAAUUGGUUGUACCAUUAAUUGAACAUCCAAGUGAAUCUUUUCUGGCUCAGAUUGAAGAAGAUAUGGUCAAACUUAUUCUUCGUCACCAUAUUGGUUUACUCCCAAGCUGUGUUAGUUGCCUUGGUGCUGUUGUUAAUAGAGUUACUCACAAUUAUCAGCUUGUUAAAGAUUGCUUUCAUAAAUUUUUUGUUGUUCUUUUAGUUUGCAAAAAAGGAUAUGAGAAAAAUCCUGAAAAUGAAAUACUUAAAAGCAUGGUUCCAAAAUUACUUCGAUCACUUUAUACAGUUGGUUUGUUUUGCCGGCAUUUUGAUUUUGAUACUAUUGAUGCUGGCCCUGAACAAAAUGGGCAGAUUUCACUAAAAGACCGUGUUUUUGAAGGUAUUUUAUAUUUUAAUCAGCAUGUAGAUGAAGACAUACGCUUAAAGGCUUUAACGGGUCUAGGUUUCAUCAUGAUCCGGCAUUACGAAUUCAUGCUUGGACCUGAAGUAAAAUCUUUAUAUCAUUACCUUCUGACUUCUCCUGUUGCUUCAUAUAUUUUGAAAUGCCAGGUUUUGAAAAAUAUAACCAAUUACUUAGUAGAAGAAGAAAUGCGAAUGAUUCUUAAGGAUGCGGAAUGGAGUAAAACGUCAAAAUCUGAAGAUUUAAAAGAAAUGGGAGAUGUUACAUCAGGUAUGGCUAGCACUGUCAUACAAGUGUAUUUAAAACAAAUUUUAGAAUGUGUUCUACAUACAGAAAUAGCUGUACGCAAAGCUUCUCUGCAAGUGAUUCAGCUCAUUCUUGGCCAAGGGUUGGUUCAUCCAGUGCAAAUUGUACCUUAUUUAGUAUGCUUAGGGUCUGAUGAUGACCCUAUAAUUCGAACCAAAGCUGAUCAAUUACUUCAAGAGAUUGAGAAAAAAUAUCCCGGGUUUAUUCAAAUGAAGGCUAUGCUGGGUGUACGAAUGUCUUACAAAAUGCAGCAGGUAAUACAGAAUCAGACUGAAAUUCUUCGAGGCUUCCGGAGUUCUGAUUGUCCUGUCAGUCGAAAUGGGUUUUUAUAUUCUGUGAUGCGGUCAACACGGCAGAGUCGAAGGGCUUUUCUGUUUUCAUUAUUAAAGUUAUUUGAUGAGCAAGCAAGAACACCACUAACAGAGCUUUUGUAUAUAGCAGAUAAUAUUGCAUAUUUUCCAUACAUGGCCCAAGACGAGCCUCUCUUUAUAAUGCAUCAGUUGGAUAUAAUGCUUUCCGUUUCUGGUUCCAAUCUGUUGCAAACUUUUCGGGAAUCGCUAGUGAGUAAGCAAUCCAAUCAGGUAAAUGAACAGACCCCCAUUCAUCCUGAAACGGAUGAUUUUGACGAUGAUGAUGAUGAUGUAGAUGCAAUUUUGGAGAGAUUUCCUGAAGAUACAACUAUUCUGCAAGAAUGUAUUAUUGCCUCUCAAGGCUGUGUGUUACUUCUGUAUUUGAAACAAACUCUAAAGGAAAUGUAUGGAUUUACUGAUAAUAAAAUACAGCAAUACUCACCAAAUGAAUCCGCAAAGGUCUACGAAAGGCCUUUAAAUCGCAAGGGACAUGUGAGGUUCAAUCCAGAGACUGUGUUGGAGUUCAUUAAAAGUGAAGAAUUUGAAGGAAAGUUGGAUGACAAAGGUAAAGAAGAACUUGUUCAACAAUAUAUCCAUUUCAAGCAAUUGAUGUUGACAAUUGAUCCUUCGGAUGAUGAUGAGGAUGAGGACAAUCAGGCUAAACCUGUAGCGUCCAUUAAUGUUGCACCAGUUGCUACAAAUUCUGUAGAUAAGACUGCAGUUAAUGAAAAUACUGACUCUUCAGCGCAGCUUCCUGUGGAAAAAACAAAGAUUGUGAUAUCAAAGAAAAUUAAAUCGCCACCUCACAGUCGGAGUAACAGAAAGUCUCCAAAAAUACCAAAAGAAAAGGUUAAAAAGAAGCACAAAAAAAAGCGGAAACGGGUGAUAGACUCAGCUUCAGACGAUUCUAAUAGUGAUCCAGAUUACAUGGAUUCUUCGUGAUGGGACAUGCAGUGAAACUCAGUCCAUAAUUUUUAACCAUGCAAGCCUCUGCAUUGCACAUAGUGAUCUUGUGCAUAAUGUUUAGCUGUGGAGUAACGGCUAACAUUAAAGACCUUCCAGCUCCAGGCCCAUUGCCAAGGAAAAUAUUGUGCUGAGUGAGAAAGAAAUAAACUGUAAACUCACACAUUCUACGAUAUUUUUAACAGUGCUUUUGAAUAGCCUAUCUGGUAGAAGGUGUGGGUAUUAUUAUAAAAUAUAAAUUGAUGUAACUUAUUUAUUAUUGAUUAUUUGUUUAAAUAAUUACAGAAUUUUAAGACCUUUUUUAUGGGAUGACAUCAAAAUGAUGUGCUUAUGUACCUGUAAAGUCUGUUCAUUAGUUUGGCAGCAUUUUUUUUUUUCAUUUAGUUAUUUAAUUCACUCAAAAUUACUAAUAUAUGCCAUAUAUUCUUUUCUGUUUUCAAGUUAAAUCUUCACUAAUCCACUUUUGUAAAAUUAAAACUGCACACAUUUUAAAUACUCCUUUUUUAUAUUUUAAUUCAUUUAUGUGAAGAAAUUUGACUUGCCUUUUUUGUACUAAGCAGUUAGGAAGUUUGUUACAUACAUUUUUGUUUUCUUUUAAUUUUAAUGUUAAAUACUUGCUUCUUUGUUGUAAUUAAGGGUAAGAUAAGUUAUUUUUAAUUUUGUGAUGAAAGUAGUUAGCCAUUGAUUAAAAACUCAUUACUAUCUCACCAGGUCAUGUAUAAAGUAACAUUUAACCUGCCAGUUGCCAAGCAGAUCAUGCAAUGACUUUGUAAAAUGUGACUCUACCAAAGAGACCUUUAUUGGCAGGAAUUGGUAUUUUUGUAGAUAAAGUAAAAGAAAAAAAAACUUGUUUUAUGUUUCAAAGUUUUAACAGUUUUGAAGAUGAAUAUUAGAUAACAAAGACAAAAAGUCCCAUGUUUGUUAAUGUAAAAAAAAAAAGAUAACUCGACUUCAUUCUAUUUGUUGCAGAUUGAAAAGCAUAUAAUGAUCAGCACUCAAAUGUACCUUAUUUAUUUCUUCCCAUAAUUUAUUUUGGUGUACAAAACUCUUUUGCACACAAACAAUGAUGCUCAAAAAUUUUGUUGUAGAUUGACAAAGCUUUAUAAUGACGAAUCAUACAAGUUUUUAUUUAUUACUUUUGCAUAUAAUGACUAAGAUUUUAUUUAUUUCUUCUGCAUAUAAUGACUAAGAUUUUAUUUAUUUCCUUUGCGUAAUAAUGACUAAUAGAAGAUUUUAUUCCUUUUUGUGUUGUCAUUUCAUGUACAAAUUAUCGGGCCAUGAGUGUAAAAACAAAUGAAUUUAAAUGGUUUUAUUAUUUGUUGUAGAUUAAGAAAGCACUGAAUGACUGAUAUUAAAAAAUAUUUAUUUCUGUUCAAAAUGCCUUUUCAUGUGCAAGAAAUGGUUUGUACAUGAAUGUAAAAAACUAAUGGAAAUAUCCGAGUUUGUUCUAAUUGUUGUAGAAUAUAAUUAUUGAUAUUUAAUUAUUUUAUUUAUUUCUUUUUAUAAUGUCUCUUCGUGUGCAAACAAAGUUUUGUACAUGAAUGUGAAAGCAAUCGAAGAUACUCUCUAUUCUAUUUGUUGUAGAUUAAGUAUAUAAUGACCAAGAUUAAAAUAUUUUAUUUAUUUUUUUUCCUUUUUUUAAUGUAUUUUUCUGUACAAAAAUAAGUUCUGUUGAUGGAAAAAUUUAACAAAUUAGUUUUAAAUUCUCCUUUUGUGUCUAUAGAAAAUUUGCAUUCAUAACAAAGAUGUCUCUUUAUACAUACAUGUACAAACAUUUUAAAUUAAUAAUACUCACAUGAAUUUUUUAAAGUUUAUGUACAUUUUUCAUGUUCGAAUUAAUAAAUAAUGCUGUAAGUAUUUUAAUUAUUGGCAAAGAAAAUAUUCUUUUACAGGACUAAAAUAUUACUUUUGUAAGUAAAAUUGUAACUAAGUUUGUUGAAUAUUUAUUAAGGGUUUUUUUUUGGCUAUCUUAAGCUUUCCCCCUUUUUUUUUUUGUUUUGCAUGCCUUUCAAAACUCCCCCCCCCCCAGUAAAAAUUUUGUUGAAGGCGUCAUUUGUUUCUGUUAACUAUAUACUUGUUUUGAGCCUCUGCCUUUGCUUUAAUUUAAUUUGCUCCUAAUACUAGCAUACAAUUUUUUAUUUAUUUUACUUUUUUUUUCACAUUAGUGCAAAAAGUGCAAUUUUUACAGACUAAACAAAUUCCAAAAACAGUUGUGUGUACAAAUAAAUAUGUUACCGAAGACUUUAUAUUCAAAUUUUAUUCUGUAUUCUUUCAAUAAUUACCACAUAUUUUACGUUUCAUAUACAGCGGACACCGGUUAAUUGAAUUUGUGGUUAAUUGAAUCGACUGCUUUAAUGAAUCAAAUCGACAAAAACAGGACAAAAUCCAGCUUUAUUGAACUAGCCGCUUUAUUGCAUCAGUCGCUUUAUGGAACCAAAACUAUUUGGAAC